UUCCUCACCAUCUUCCACACUUUGCCCUCAUUUUUUCACAUCGUGGUUUCCAUACUCCUGCUAUGGAUGUGAAGUAAAUGAUGUAACCACAAGUGUCGUGUAAUGUGUGGGGAAUGCACUCGGGUUGGUUUUGCGUUUUGAGUCUAUUGAUACUUAACCGGGUGAUGGGAGAGUGGGAUGUAGUUGAAUUGUGGAUUCGAUGGUCGGAGGGCGUUCCGAUGGUCAGUUUGAUGGUACCGUGGUGGUUUUGUUGAAGAUGUGACACUUGUGUUGGUGAUAAUUGAUGAGGGUGUGGUAAAAACAUUUUUUGGUUGCAGUGUUUGCGUGAGAGUUGAUUGGUAUGGUCUCUGAGGUUCUUGUUGUUGUUGUUGUGAUAUUCUCGUGCAUUGGGGAGGUGCAUGCAGUGUGGUCCCCUGGGGUUUGAUGGUAAGAACCUGGUCUUUGCAGUGAAUUUAGGAUAUGCACCGUGAUUUUUGACUGAGGAAGGGUAAAGAUGUUCCGUUCUCAUGACAUCCUCACGAAACAAUACCCUCGGCCACCUAUGGCUCUGCAUUCCUUCCCCAUUGAACUGGAUGAUUAUUCUGGCCGCAUUCCUUUUCGUCUUGUAGGAAUUGGCGCUGCAGUGAGGAAUUGCUCACUUAGGCUUGGCGUUGCAUGAAAUUAUUACAUCCGAAGUACAGUUGUCGCAUGUUCAUACAAUACGCUUGGUUUUUAGCUCUGUUCGGAUCUGUUACAGACGGGUUUGCAGCAGAGGUUAUUUUCGCUCUUGCUUUUGUGUUAAAUGGAGUUUGGAGCUCUUUUUAGGGUGAAAAUGGAUUCUCACAGGAGAGAGCAGAGUUACAAGCAGCCUGGUUUGACACACUGAUUUUUAAGAGUUGAUGGACGCCUCUAUGGUGCACACCCAACAAGCCCUAGAGAAAUCAUUCUGCAAGGGGUAGAAUGCAUGGUUAUAGAGGCAGUGGUGUUUCGGAGUGUGGAGUGAGUGUUGGGCGACAGUUGGAUGUGUGCGACGAAGAGAAUAUACAUAACCCCGUUUGGACUGUGCAUGAAUUUAUGAGCCCAUUCAUGAAAAGCCUGCGUCCUUAGACUCGAGUGUUGAAGUUGUGUGCCAUUCACGACAAUGGAUGAAGCACUUGAGCAGCUUCAAAGGGGAGACACGAAAGACAGACUAGCAGGAGUUGAGAGACUGCAAAGACUUCUGGAACAAAGUCAAAAGAGCCUGUCAGAAAAGGAGGUCAUGGCUUUGGUGGACGCCUCGACCGUCCUCCUGAAAGACAACAACUUCAAAGUAUGUCAAGGGACGCUACAUCUUUUAACGUUGGCGGCAGUCAUGUCUGGGGAAUAUUUGAGGGUUCACUACAAUCAACUGGUACCAGCUGUAGUGGAGCGUUUAGGUGAUAACAAGCAGACUGUGCGUGAUGCGAGCCGCAGGCUUCUAUUGGCUCUCAUGGAGGUUUCGACACCUUCCAUAAUUGCGGAUAGAGCUGGCAGUUACGCUUGGACGCAUAAAAAUUGGAGGGUGCGCGAAGAGUUUGCUCACACUAUAGCAUCAGCUUUCAAUUUGUUUUCUUCAACAGGUUUUCAUUUCCAGCGAAUGCAUUUGCCAGCGAAUCUUCAGUUAUUGGAAGACUCCAAUAGCAACGUGAGGGAGGCAGCACUGGUUUGCCUAGAGGAGAUGUAUCGGCAUGGUGGACAGAAUGUCAAGGAUGAACUUCAACGACAUCAUUUGCGUCCUGCGCUGAUGAAGGAAAUUUCUUUCCGGUUUGAUAGGAUAGAACCUACCAAGCAGCUAGACAAUGAGCAUGCAACUACCAGUGGCGUAGGUCGCAGUAACCACCGAAACUCUUGCCACAGUCCUGUAUCCCCAAUUCUUCACUCCAAUGUGGAAACAAAAGUCUGUCAUUUUGGAGGAAAUCAGCGACCCCAUAGGCGAUGCAGUCCGAAGUAUAAAUCAAUGCUCUCUACUGAUGUCCACCUGGGAGGUGGAAGUGGAGGAAAUGAUAAACCCGUUGGUCCUAUUAAAGUAUUUUCUGAGAGGGAGCUGACGAAGGAGUUGGACAAAAUUGUCAGCUUGCUCAAAGCUGAACAGGAGUGGUCUGUUCGGAUGGCAGCUAUGCAGAAGUUGGAAGGAAUUAUCGUUGGAGGUGCUGUGGAGUUCGGGUGCUUUUUGACGCUCUUCAAGAAUUUUACAGGUCCUCUCAGCGGUCAAUUGUUAGAUCGGCGUUCUAGCAUUGUGAAGCAGGCAUGUCAACUUCUGAAUUUGCUUUCGAAGCAAUUUCAAAUCGAUUUUGAGUCCUUUGCAGAAGUAUUCAUACCUGUUCUUUUCAGAUCUGUUGUAGUUACUGUGCUUGUAAUUGGAGAAUCAGCAGACCAUUGCAUAAAAACGAUGCUAGAGAAUUGCCGCGUGGCACGUGUACUUCCCCGAAUUAUCGAGUGCGCAAAGCAUGAUCGAAAUGCCAUUUUGCGGACAAAGUGUUGUAAUUAUGCUUUGCUGGUCCUUGAGAAGUGGGGGGAUUCUCCAGAGCUUCAUCGAAUCUCUGAUCUUUAUCAGGAAUUGAUUAGAUGCUGCACUCUUGAUGCUGUAGCUGAGUCAGCUUCUUCGUGUGAUGUGCACUUUUUUCCUCUGCAGGUUCGCUCAAAUGCAAGGGCGUGUUACCAAGUAUACUCAAAAUUAUGGCCAGACCGUGCACGCCGAGUUUUCUCAUUACUUGACCCUGCAGUUCAAAAGCUCUAUCAUGACGAAGAAGUAAACAGACGAUACUUGUUUUCGCCUGCGAAGGAUUUGGGGGGUGACGAAUUUAAUCAGCUGCGGCGAUCGACCCGAAUGUCUGUUCAUUCAGUACAAACUUUGAAGGGAGAAACUUCAAAUGAUAGGAGUAAACGUUUAGUGCCCGGUUCUGAACCAUCAACUGCUUCAAAUCUGUUGCUAAGAAAAUCUCUUGACAUAUCCUCCGAUAUUAUCCCAGAGAAGAUGCUGGAAGCCAGUCAGCUGAACGCUAUCGAUACAACGUCCAAGGGCGUCGAUUCCCCUGAAGGUGUUGUUUAUGCACCAGGACGCAUAGCCGGUGGGAGUUAUCUAGAAAUUCAUGCACCUACACCCACAGGAACCAUGCGAGUAAUCGCUGAUUCGCCGUCUGCUCGCGACCCACCACAUCCCGCAUCUGCUCCUGCAUCCUGUCAUUGCAAUGCACUACAGUUUAAAGUUUCUGGCUAUAGCAGUUUUACUGGCUCGUCCACUACCAUACCCGCAUCUGCCGGUUUAGAGGAUAGAAAAGAAGAGGAGCAUGAGAACAACAGUCUGGAAAUAAAAAGUAAAAUCCUUAACGCAACGGUUGGAGGGGCUUCAGUUGGGUCCCCAGGUGCCAAUCGAGUCUUGUCAUCUACUGAAACGCCUUGCUACAACGUCUUUGAGGGAAGUUUCAUGGACAGGGAAAUCAAGCAGAAUCCAAUUUUAGAUGUUCACAUAGAAAAGCUACGAAUCGCAGAUUCAUCCUCCAGCAUCGGAUCGCUGUCCCACAGGAUAAGCUGGAGACAUACAGCGUCUGGAAAGUCGUCAGAAUGUACUAGUGGGGGAAAUAUUCACCAACCUGGAGGUCUGAAUCCCCAAGCAGAAAUGUUGAAUUACAUGGACGGGGUGAUGUCUUUGAAUGAUGCUUUAACUGAAGGAUUGGGACCUAACGCAGAUUGGUCUGCAAGAGUCGCUGCAUUUACGUACAUUCAAAAGUUGCUACAACAAGGCUCUAAAGGUUCACAAGAAGUGGCGCAGAAUUUUGAUCGGAUGAUGAAGCUUUUCACUACACACUUGGAUGACCCUCAUUGGAGAGUAACACAAGCAGCCCUCUCGGCCUUGAUAGAGCUCGUGCGGACAUCACGAAGGAUGUUUGAACCAUAUUUGGAGAGGACCCUACCAUCUGUAUUUGCAAGGCUAGUGGAUUCUAAAGACUCCAUCCGCCAACUUGGCUUAUCGGCUUUGGAGACGAUCGGUGACACAUAUACCAUUGACACCUUGCUGCUGCCACUACUGCGUUCGAUUGAUGAGCAACGUAUACCGAAGGCCAGAAUGACAGUGAUUGAGUUCGCAAUUGCUGCUUUUGCAAGACUAGCAAACGAUGGCUCUGGAACAGGUUCAACUGGUCUACUUAAACUCUGGCUUGCCAAACUUGCUCCGUUAGCUAACGAUAAAAAUGCAAAGCUUAGGGAGGCAGCUAUUGCGGGUAUUAUAUCUGUCUACUCCCAAUUCGAUCCAACCAUAGUAUUAAAUUUCAUCUUAGGGUUGUCUAUUGAGGAACAAAGCAUGCUACGAAGGUCAUUGAAGCAGUUUACUCCGCGCAUUGAUUUGGAUCUUAUGGCAUUCCUUCAUAACAAGGUUCAAAGGCCAAGAACAAAGCCUGUACCCGAUCAAACAGAUGCUACCAGGGGUACAGUUGAAGAGUCCACAGGUAGGGCAUUGUCAGCUUUAACUGGUGAUGACGCUGAGAUAAGAGGUUCUUCCAUUUAAUCUGUUCUAUUGAGAGGUGGGUGGGGGGGAUGUUGCUGCAAUCGGACCUUUCAUCAGGAUGAAGUCUCAUAGAGUGCGAGGUACGUUGGGAGUUAUUAAGAAAGUGACAGGACGAAGGAGAUGUUCAAUGGAAUGGUUGAAAGUCAACAGACUUACACUGAAGAGUAUUCACAGAAAAUUGCA